UGAGACGUUGCCCGGGGUCCACUCCAAGAAAGGACAGGAGCUUGCUAGUCUUCUUCAGCUUCAGUCCAGUCACAACUGAAUCCGCCGCGCAAGGCAUCCAAGGAUUUGUUCGUCCUUCGGAGGGUGGGGAAUCGAAGCGACGAAAACGAAGCAAUGAACGAGGCGGUGCAGGAGGCGAAGCUGCUGCGGCAGGUGAACGCGCUCAUCGUGGCGCACCUCCGUAGCCAGAACCUCGGGCAGGCCGCAGCCGCCGUCGCCGCCGCCACCAUGACCCCCAUCUCCGCCGCCGAAUCCGUCCCCGCAAAUCAACUCCUACGUCUCGUGGCCAAGGGCCUCGCGGCGGAGGGCGGAGGAGGAGCCGCUUCCGCAUUCGACUCCGCCGGGUUCGGUGGGGCGGUGCAGCCGCUCGGCUCCAGUGCCGUGGAUUUCAGUAUGCAGGAUGUCAAGGGCUCAUCCAAGAGCUUCCCCAAGCACGAGGCGAAGCAUGUCUCUGACCAUAAGAACGCUGCCCGGUGUGCGAAAUUUAGUCCUGAUGGGAAGUAUUUUGCAACUGGGAGUGCUGAUACAUCCAUUAAGUUUUUUGAGGUUGCUAAAAUUAAGCAGACUAUGGUAGGGGACUCCAAAGAUGGUCCUGCCAGGCCUGUGAUUCGCACAUUUUAUGAUCACACACAGGCCAUCAAUGAUCUGGAUUUUCAUCCUGAGAGUCCAAUACUGAUAUCAGCUGCAAAAGACAAUACAAUAAAAUUUUUUGACUUCUCAAAGACCAAUGCGAGGAAAGCGUUCAGAGUUAUUCAGGAUACUCAUAAUGUUAGAUCUGUAUGUUUUCAUCCUUGUGGGGAUUACCUUUUAGCAGGGACUGAUCACCCAGUUGCUCAUUUAUAUGAUAUAAAUACUUUUACAUGCUACUUAUCAGCAAAUGCACAGGAUUCUAGUUCUCCCAUUAACCAGGUACGCUACUCCUGUACUGGGAGCUUGUAUGUGACUGCUUCUAAAGAUGGUUCUCUGCGCAUUUGGGAUGGAGUAUCUGCUGAAUGUGUUCGACCUAUUAUUGGAGCACAUGGAUCUGCAGAAGCUACUAGCGCAAUUUUCACCAGAGAUGAGAGGUAUGUCCUAUCUUGUGGGAAAGAUUCUUGUGUCAAGUUAUGGGAAGUUGGCACUGGACGACUUGUGAAGCAAUAUGCAGGAGCCAUUCGCAGACAAUUUCGUUGUCAGGCUGUCUUCAAUGAAACCGAAGAAUUUGUUCUAUCAGUUGAUGAACAAAACAAUGAGGUUGUCGUCUGGGAUGCACUUACUGCAGAAAAGGUUGCAAGAUUGCCCUCUGGCAGCACUGGUGCUCCCAGAUGGCUCGACCACUCCCCAGUUGAACCAGUUUUUGUUAUUUGUGGAAAUGAUAGAUCGAUCAGAUUCUGGAAACAAACCGUAUAGCUUGUAGAUUCAACCAUUCAAAUCAAAAGUAUGCUUUCAGUAUUACGUUUCAGGAGGAAUGUGCUCAUGUAACUUUAGUUGUAUAUGGGAGAAAUUUGCAUAAGCAUUUUUUUUAUUGGAAACUGCAUAAGCAAUUGAUUGAUCUAAUAGCAAACCCCAAUGAUAUGUUUUUUUUUUGGCUCUGCAUAGCUGAUGACAGUUGUAUGAACCCUUGACCUGAUUCUUAUUGGUCAGGCCCUUUUCGAUGAUUUGCUAUUUUAUCCCAAUUGUGGAUUGCGGAA